AUGCAGCUGAAUGAGACUGGAGUUCAAACACUGGCUCCAGAGCCAUGUGAGCAGCAAAUACUACAGGAGGACAAUCCUGGAAACUGUAGCGGAGGUUCCACCAGGAACCUGUCGCUGCACUGCUGGCUGCAGCUCCUCACCAAGGAGUCUAUCAUGGAAUUUCAAGGAGACAGCUCCAGUCUAGUGGUGCGUGUGAUGAUAGCGUGUGUCUACUCUAUAGUCUGUGCGCUCGGGCUGGUGGGAAACUCGCUGGCUCUGUAUCUGCUGCACUCCCGUUACAGGCAGAAGCAAUCAUCCAUCAACUGCUUUGUGAUGGGUCUGGCGAUCACAGACCUCCAGUUUGUUCUCACUUUACCUUUCUGGGCAGUGGACACAGCCCUGGACUUCCGCUGGCCGUUUGGCCGUGUGAUGUGCAAAAUUAUCAGCUCUGUCACCACCAUGAACAUGUACGCCAGUGUGUUCUUUCUCACAGCCAUGAGCGCCGCACGCUAUUACUCUAUCUCCUCUGCAAUGAAGAUGCACAGCCGACGGGCAGCAGCUGCUAGGGCCAAGUGGACAAGCCUGGGCAUCUGGGCUGUCUCUUUGUUGGCCACUUUGCCUCAUGCCAUCUACUCCACCAGUGCACAGGUGUCAGAUGAGGAGUUGUGCCUGGUGCGCUUUCCAGACUCAGGCAGCUGGGAUCCGCAGCUUCUUUUGGGUCUAUACCAGCUGCAAAAGGUUCUGCUGGGCUUCCUUAUUCCUCUGAUCAUAAUCACUGUCUGCUAUCUACUGCUGCUGCGCUUGAUCCUCACCCGACGCAUUACAGGUGUAGCGGGCCCAGAGAUCGAGCAGGGCCGGCAAAACCGUCGCUCCAAAGUGACCAAAUCCAUUGUCAUCGUGGUUCUGAGCUUCUUUCUGUGCUGGCUUCCCAAUCAGGCACUGACUCUGUGGGGAGUGCUCAUUAAGUUUGACCUUGUGCCCUUCAGCAAGGCUUUCUACAAUGUGCAGGCCUACGCCUUUCCCCUGACUGUGUGUUUGGCACACACUAACAGCUGCCUCAACCCCGUGCUCUACUGUCUGAUUCGCAGGGAGUUUCGGGCUGGUCUCAAGGAACUUCUCCUCCACGCCACUCCAUCCUUCAGGAGCCUGACUCAUCUGCUUCGUCGCAAGGCCAAAGUGGCUGAGGCACCACCUGUUCUGGUACUGGUCCAAAUGGAUGUCUGA